UCUACGUACCUAUAAUCGACGUUCCCUACGUACUACGUAACUCUACUAUACGUGAAAAACAAUUUCGAAGACAUAAAAUGGAACCUCAUUUCGGAUAUUCGCAAGUUUUAUCUAUUUUUUCCCAAUCGAAUACGCAUAAAUGUGCCUUUAUUUCGCGUUUUCCAAUUCAUUAAUAUGUUUGAUUUUGCUCACAAAUGUUUCUGCCGAAGAAGAAAUCGAGCUUCGGAACCGUAGCCCAGCAUUAUUACUAUCUAGCUACAAAGGUUUCUGGGUAUUUCCACAAAAAGUCAGUAUAACUGAAACAGACCAAGAACAGGAAUACUUUUACGACAAGAAGAAAGAUUCGCGAUAUUUUUGCCCAAACGAAGAAAACACCAACAAAGAAAUCAACAAACCUGGCAAAAGCUCGAGAAAAGACAACAAGGCUGAACAAAGCACCACAACACAAACAGCAAAAUCAAACGACGAUGACGAUGAUGUAAAACACCAGUACUGUUUAUUCGAGAAAAAAUUCGACAAGAAAGAAGAACCUACAUGUAAAAAAGAGGUGAAACCUUUACUGGUCCAAAUGAAAAAUGGAAAUUAUGGUCCAGAAUACUGCGGGUCGUCGGAGUCACGUCGAAUGUAUAGAUUCGCUUUCCAAGUUUGCGUAAAAAAAUCAUUUUUCACGAGACUCAAGCGACUUGGAAAAUCUUCAAAAGCCAGCAAAUACGCAGAUUUGCAAUAUCCUUACACGUACCAAAUCUGUUACGAUCAUGCCCAGAAUCGAACCAUUUUCACUAUACACAGAAUAAAUUCUCCGUAUAUUUUACGUAAUUUACUUCUGGAGGAGGAACAUGCACUGCACGAGUUUCCUGAACAGCCUUUAACCGAGACUUACGGACUGGGGAAUCUGAAAAAUUUGGAAAAUAUUCUGAAAGCUGGUCAACUUCGGACCAGAGAAAAUAAACAAUACAAGUUGGAAAAGUUGGUACCGAUGGAAGACUUCGCAUUAGGCCAUUGGAUGAAGACAACACUUCAUAUUAUAAACUACAUUCCUUUAAGUGUAUCGAAGAUACCAUUAUGGAAAGCCAUUAAUUCGCAUGUCAAUGCAAGAUUAAUCAAACUGUUCAAUGAUGUCCUAUCUGUGAGAAUUUUCACCGGUACGUGGGGCCAGCUUGUAGAUAAUUCGCGAAAGAAACCAAGGUACCUGGGAAAUGAUGAAGAACUUGGCGUCACUAUUCCCUUAAUUUGGUGGAAACUAAUACACUGCUCAUUGAUACGUCAAGGGGUUGUUAUAAUAUUGCAUAACGACGACAGCGGGGAGAAACUCUGCGUAGAAGAUACAGAUGCCUGCGAUGUAUCCAGAUGGAAAGUCGAUAUCGAGCUCGAAGAAGCGAUGCAAAAAUACGUUUAUUGCUGCGACGUACCUUCGGCCUCCGAGGCUAUACCGGCGAUAAAUUUAAAACAUUUGAAAAUCAGUAAUCCGUCUGAUGUUCUUAAAAUAGAUUGACUUUCGAGUAAAAUAUAUUAUAAGCAAUAAAUUUUUAAGGAGAAAAAUAAUAACAUUGCAAUAAU